AUGGCCCCCACCAUCAUCAGCCUGCCGAAAGAGCUGCUCGGGCUUGUCUUCGAGGAGCUCUGGCUGGCCACACCAGAUGCAGGUACCAACCUGCUCCCGCUCGUGAACCACUCCUUGGAUUUGUUCGCGGAAGCCAAGCACCGCGCGCCCCUAUGGGGACCGACGAACGAGAUCUCUCCCCCUGCCUACGGGCUCCCUAUUUGGCUCCUGACCAGUAAGAUGGUGAUGGAAGAAGGCGUUGCGGCGUUCAACCGCAUCGGCCGAAUAUACAUGAGCACGCCUCAGCUAUUCUUCGGCUGCGACGAGGACGACAAGGAGUACGAUGAGGCAGCGAGGCGAACUUCCUGGUACAAUCCAGACGCCUUUCCCUCCCUCCAAUCACCAGACAAGUGGCGCCGUUUGUUCCUCUUCUUCGAAUGGCCGCAACACUAUUUCGACCCCGCGCAGCGCCGUCCCUUGGUCGACUGGGACUUGAAGGACGUAGAGUACUGCCGAGACCUCUUUGCGCAUAUCGGCAAGAGCGAGGUGUUGAGGGAACUUGAGUUCCGCUUCACCGCAAGCAUGUACGAGGUCGACAGUGUUUACACUGUUGACCUCAAGCCGCUUGCGGCUCUUGUCGGUGGUUUCGCUACCCACCUGGACCGCCUCGACGUCUUUCUGGAGAUCAAGAGGGAUUGCGUCGUGGAGGAGGAGGAGCAGGAUGAUGAGGAGGUCCUCGCCUUAGAGGAAGUGCGGGAUGAGGUGGAAGCCCUCAUCUUGCAGGAGGUGCGCAAGUUGAGCGAGCGUGCGUUGGUGGAGAUGAGUUGUGAUGCCGUAGAGGGGAUCGAGGGGAUGAGGCUUUGGGAGGGCGACUUCUCCAAGUUUCGUGGAUGGAGGCUGCUGUGGACGCGUUAG